GCGUUCCAUACACAAACAACUUUGUGGCGUUCACACGUGUGUGAAUUUUUUAUUUUGUAACCUUAUAUUAUAGUUUGCAUGGAGAUCUCCUUAUACUGUUAAGUUAAAAAGAUGUCAUCUUUCAAGAAGGCACAAAAGGCAGCUCAAAAAAGCCAUCGAGAAAGAUCUCAGCCUUCCAGUCGUGCCAAGUUUGGACUUUUAGAAAAGAAGAAAGAUUAUCAACUACGUGCAAGGGAUUAUCACAAGAAACAAGCUGCACUCAAGCGGCUUCGCCAGAAAGCACGAGAUAGGAACCCAGAUGAAUUCUACUACAAGAUGAUCAGCACAAGGAUGAUUGAUGGAGUUCAUACCAGUGUGAAGAAAGACGAACCGACCACUGAAGAACAAUUGAAGAUGAUGGAAACGCAAGAUCUGAGAUACGUCAACCACAAGAUGACGGUUGAAUCAAAAAAAAUUGAGAAGCUGAAAUCCAGUCUUCAUAUGCUUGAAGAUAGAGAGGAGAAACCAAAGAACAAGCACACAUUUUUUGUUGACACUGUCAAAGAAGCAAAAGAAUUUGAUCCAGCUAAGCAUCUGAACACCCAUCCUGCCUUGCUCCAUCGAGCUCACAAUCGUCCUACACUGUCCAUGUUAUCUGAUCCAUCGCUGCUGAAGGCUUUAGCAGGAAGCAGUUCAGGGGAAGGGGCGUCGUCAGGCUUAGCGGAUGUUGGAAAAGAAAAGAAGAAACGAUACCAUGAGCUCAGCCAGCGAAUUGAGAGGGAGAAACAACUCAACAUCAUUGCAGAGAAGAUGGAAGCAAAGAAACAUGCUAAGGAUAAAUCUCGUAAGAAGCUUGUAAAGGAGGAGACACCCGAGUCGGCACCAGUCUAUAAGUUCCACAUGAAACGGAAGAGAUGACAUCCUCACAUUAUACUCUAUGCUUGUAAAUUAUUUUAAGAGGAAAUUUCCUAUCAAACGGACAUUGCUGUACAGUGAUGUCAAACUGGCUUCAUAAUGAAAAGGAAAAUAUUCAUGAAUGUAAUUGGUAAUUAAGUUGGGGGGGGUAAUGAGUGGGAUCUUUUUCAACUAACAUUGACUAUUUGGACAUGGGAGGGGGUGCAGAGGGGGUUGUGAAACAAUGAUUGUGAAUAGAUUGUGCCCAUAAAGGGAGCACGUAUAGCAUAUCUGCAAAAAUAUCUGCAACCUUUGAAGCUCUUGUAGCCUACAAAUCUAGGCCGAGGCGACAGCUUUUGGCAUUACUUUUACGAGUCUGAUUGUGCUUCAUGAAAUGUAACUGAUUAGUCUGAUGCGAAAGAAUGUGAACAGUGGCUGCAUGAGAGCGACUGACUUUACUCUCCUGUCCGGCUGUAGUUGCUGUUUUUCUUAUGAAGAACCUGCACCGAAUACUGAUCAAUAAAGAGAAAACAAGACAAAAGCAAGCCAGGAGUGUAUAGAUGAUGGCCGCAUCCUACGAAUAGCUUACGUUUACCUUAGCAGCAAAGAUCUGUAGCUUCCACCUUAAUUACAGCUUUUUACUUUAGGGCAGAUGCAGUGUAUGAGUUGUUAUAAUACUGCAAUAUAAAAAAGUAACAUGGUUGUAUUUUGUCUUAAGUCAUAUCAGCAAUAUAGGCAGGCACUCAAUAA